GCAAACCAUUUUGGAGGGCUCUAUUUAAACUGAAUGGACAAUGUGGCUGUCAUUGAAGUGAAGGAAUAAGAAGAUAGACAAGAGGAUAUAAGAAAAAAAGGAAAUAAGUCUGACAUUUUUGUUUACUCACCUUUACCUAUCAAGAGAUCUAUCUUCAUAAGGAGGAUUUUCUAAAGAGCUGCACGCAGAUAUGUAUAAUUACACUCAUGGUGUCAUGUAGAAAUCCAAACUUGUGAAAUGAAAGUCUUUGUUGGCUUUUAAGACGUUUGCUGGGCUGAAUGAGUCUGCUGUUUGGAUUACUGGAACACAUGUUCCCGCUGAAGGAUGGACACAUACACACACCGAGUGGUUCUCUAGCAGAGACUGAAUGUCCACCACAUGCAGAGAGUAAUACAUCUCGACUCGGGCUCACACACACCUGGCUGUAAUACUGCAUUUAAAAGUUCCUGGCUGGUGGUGACUUGGUCUUUUAACUAGUAGACUUUGGCCUUAAUGUGUGUUGUUGGGUAUUUUAGUGGGGUUGAUUUUGUGAGUUUGUGCUGCUGAAUUUAAGUUGGAUAUUUUUGUAUAUUUGGGAUUUGUAGGAUUGAGUUUGUAAGAUUUGAGGUUGAUUUGGUGUCUUUUUGAGUCUGUGUCUAAUGCUGGGAGUUUUAUUUUGUUGUGGUACAGUUUAAUUUCAAUUAUAUUAUAUAAAUUAAUAUUUUUAUUAUUUACAAUUAUAAUUCUAUUUCUGUUUUAAUAUUUUUAGUUAUCAGUAGCAAUCAGUUCAGCAUUAGGGGUGUUUAUUUUCCAGUAACAGCGGGAAAUGGAGCCAAUAUAACAGCACAAGAUUUCCAGGCAAAAUUCUGACACGCACUCAGAAUUGAGUAAGUCUUUGAUUUGUACGCCUAUUAACAGUCCACUACUCUGGAAUUGUUGUUGAAAUUAAUGAACGUAUGUUGCAAGUCAGUUUGGCCCAUUCUUGUGCUAUUUUUGAGGCGAUACAUGACUCAUAAUUGCCAGUGAGAAGUUGCAUUGAAAAAUGCAACUUGCAUUUUCUAUCAUGUUUUUAUGAAAAAUAAUUAUGGUGAUUUGUUUCACAGUGAAAUUGCAGUUUGCUGUAUUAUUUGUUUAUAAAGAGUGAGGGGAGGUGUAUGUCUUUCUGCAUCCCGGGACCUCAUGGGGUUUUAUUAGCGUGUAUGGUUAAUGAUUCCUAAACCUUGGCUGACCUUCCAGAUUCCUACAGACACCUUAGUUUGAAAAUCCCUCUGUCGUGCUCUCCCAGGUCCAGUUUGAGCCCUGACUCUGCCUGCAACAAAAAAAGUGGGAGUGUAGAGUGUCGAGUCUGAGUCCACCUUCUCCGACACGCACACAAACACACACAGACUCAUCUCCUCAAAGCUUAUCUGUGGAAUCUGCAUUUUUUGGAAACGUGCUCUUAAACUCCUGGGUAACUGCUUAGUGAUUUUACUGUUAUGAGUUUUACAAAACGGAGCAGUUGAGGAAAAUUAAAAACAUGGACUCUGACUCAGACUCUCCAUUUAACUACUCGUGGCCAUCCUUCCCAAAGAUGAGAAUCCGGAGACGGACAUCAAAAGCAGAGAAGUUGUGUUCGUCUCCUGGUUCCUGCACUCCAUUUCCCCUUCAUUCCGCAGGCGCUGCUGCCGUCAGGCUCACUGCCAUGCUAAGAGGUUCUACUAAGGACAAUGACCUCAAUAUGAAGUACGCUGUUACAGGUGUCACAGAGGACAGUUCUGGGACAGAUAGUGGCGUGUGGCGAAUGUCAGACACAGGGGUCUUAUCUCCAGGCACAAUAGAUAUGCCUCCAGCUAUCAAAGAUGAUGAAGGGCAGAGAGGACGGCAUCCCGGCUCGCGUUCUUUCUCUCCCAACUCUCCAGCGGGACUAAUGCUGGAUAGACUCAUGCGUGCCACACGACCUGCUGAACUGACCUAUAACAGCUCAAGCUCACCUACAGAGUCAUGUGACCUAAGAAGUCCAAUCCUCUCUCUAAGCCCGAGUUUGGUGGCCUUGGAAAUGGACAGCGAGGAGGAUGAUGAUGACGACAUUUUAAUGAAGAAGCCCCUCCCCCAGCCACAGCCUGAGCUCAAAAACAGCACAGAUGAGCAGAAUAUGUUUAGUCCCACCCCUGUUCUUACCUGCACGCGUUCUCACUCCGCCUCCUCUGCCUGUAACCACACCCCUGCAAAGGAUAUUGAGCAGGGCAUCCGUCUGCGUUCAUAUUCCUACACCUCCCCUAAAAUCAGCCUGCUGCCUCCACGAUUCAGUAGGGAUGCCCACCCUCCACCCACCGACCUCAACCAGGAUGGUGCCCUUUCCAGCAGCAGUGGCAGCAGGUCUCUCCUACACGCCCUGUCUCUGUCUAAAUCUCUGUCUCUGCUCAACCCUGUUAAACGUGUCUGCAGCACAUCAGAUCAGGCUCAAGAGAAAAGGGAGUUAAGGUUUCGUAGGCGUGCUCAGUCGGCUGAUGAUGAGCCCAGUGCAGAGCUGGCCGACUCCCUCCAACACCUCACGCUCUCCGAAUUCCUCAAAGAGAUUGAGGAAGAGGAAUGGGACAAAUAUAUCAUCCCUUCCAAAACAGAGUCAGAAAAAUACAAAGUCAGCCGCACUUUCAGCUUCAUAAAGAGCCGAAUGUAUAGCACUCGCAACAAGAACAAGGGGAAAGGAAAAGAGAGAGAGACCAAAGACAAACAGGUCAAUGGACACCAGUUCACAGCAGGAUCUGUCCUGGGGUCCACACUUUGUGAGAUCUGCGGCAAGCCAGCUUCUGGGAAAGAGGUCUUCCACUGCACAUACUGUGCAGUGAGUGUCCAUAAGGGCUGUAAGGACUCAUCGACGCCAUGCCUGAAGAAACCUCAAGACAAAUAUUCUGUGAUGACAGUAAAAAGCAGGACAGCCUCCCUCCCUCAAAAUUUUAUAGUGCGUGAAAGUUCCUCCUCGUCCUCUCAGAUACCCACCUCUGCCUCUCUUCCUGUGAUGACAUCACGAGACUCUAAUCCUCUUCCUUGCCCUCUGUCCAGAAGUGUGCCUGCAGUCACAGAAAGGCUUAGUGAGAGCCCAGAAGCAGAUGGUGACUCCCCCUCGUGGCGGAACCACAUCCAACCAGAGGAGCUCCUCCAAACCAUGGAGCCCUCAACAUCCACUGAUUCAUCCCUCAUUGAAGACACUGUAGAUGCCCCCCUACAGAAUGAGCUGGUGAUCAAUGCUGUGGAUUUAGAGGCAGAGUCAUGGAGCCUAGCGGUGGAGCCGCAGUUCUGUAAGAUGCAAGAAAAACGCAUCAUCAAGAGACAGGAUGUCAUUUACGAGUUCAUGCAGACUGAGCUCCAUCAUGUACAGACGCUUAUGGUAAUGGCGGAGGUCUUUAGGAGGGGAAUGCGGGAGGAAGUCGGGCUGGAUCCGGACACCAUUGGUCGGAUUUUCCCUUGCUUAGAUGAGCUGCUCCUCCUCCACCGUGACUUUCUGUCGGCGAUGAGGGAACGACGACAAAGCUGCAUCCAGCCAAACAGCAACAAGAACUACCUCAUCCACCGUGUGGGUGACAUUUUUCUGCAACAGUUCUCCCAGGAGAAUGCAGAGAACAUGAAGCAGGUGUAUGGUGAGUUUUGCAGUCAUCACACAGAAGCGGUCAGCUACUUCAAAGAGCUUCAGCAGCAGAACAAGAGAUUUCAGCUCUUCAUCAAACAACAGAGUAGCAACUCCUUGGUAAAGAGGCGAGAAAUCCCAGAAUGCAUUUUGUUAGUGACGCAGCGAAUUACGAAAUAUCCUGUCCUCCUGGAGAGAAUACUGCAGUACACAGAGGAGCACACAGAAGAGCAUGCUGACCUGUCUCGUGCACUAGUCCUGAUCCGAGAGCUGAUCUCCGCUGUGGACCAGCGCGUGAGUCAGUUCGAGCAGAACCAGAAGAUGAGUGAGGUCCUGGGCCGCAUGGAGAACAAGUGCGCGACCAAACUGAAGAGUGGUUACACCUUCCGCAAGCAGGACAUCACCAGCGGCAGGGCUCUGCUGCACCAGGGCCCGCUGCUCUGGAAAACGGCCACAGGAAGACUGAAAGAUGUUCUGGCGUUUUUGCUGUCUGAUUCAUUGGUGUUCCUUCAGGAGAAAGAUCAGAAAUACAUCUUUGCUGCUGUGGACCAGAAGCCUCCAGUAAUCUCUCUGCAGAAGCUGAUUGUGCGCGAGGUGGCCAACGAGGAACGCGGCAUGUUUCUGAUCAGCGCAUCUUCAGCUGGGCCUGAGAUGUAUGAGGUGCACGCUGCUUCUAAAGAUGAACGCAACGCCUGGAUGAGACUCAUCAGAGAGGCUGUGGAGAGUUGUCCUGAAGAGGAGGAUGAGACUACAAGUGAAUCAGAAGAGGAAAAGAGAGUUACAGAAGCAAAGGUCCAAAAGAUUCACAGGCUUCAAGAGUCUCUGUGCGGCCACGAUCAUCUCAUCUGUGCCAAUCUGGAGGAGAAGCUACACAUCUACGCCGAACUGUCAGUCAUGGCAGGACAACGUGAGGCAGGACCAGAUCCCAGGCUGCUGGUACGGCCCAGCACUGAAGACAUCCCCCAGGCCGGAGUACUGCUCAGCGCUGCUCUUAAAGAGGCGGAGAACCUGAGAGCUGCUCUCUCCUCUCACUGUGCUUCUACUGCUGCCGUCCUGUCUGGUCCAGAAGAGCAGACUCCGACUGAGCCCUGCGCUUCCUCCUCGCCUCUGCCUCCUGAAAACCAGAGCCCACUGACAGACACCCUCCAGAGUGAGGAGGAGGAGUGGAGAGGAGAGGAAGGCUUAAAAAUACAGGCCUUUAAUCACAGCUCAUACGCUGAUCACAACAUACACCUAAAGGUGAGUCAGAGUGUGCAGAGCUUGACUCAGCUGCUGUACAGUCUACAGGCCGCAGUCACCAUCCAAGACAGUUGCUAUGAAGUCCAGAGGCUCCUCCUCCUCCUGUUAUCAAACCCCUCCUCUCAGCCACACUCCCGCCCACUGCCCAUCACUCGCAGCAACCAGGCCCUGCAGGAGCAGGAGCGCCAGCGGGAGGCGGAGCGGCGUCGGGAGGAGCUGGCGGAUGUGGCGCGUCUACGGGGCACCUUGUUACGAGAGCGGCAGCAGUGGGAGCGAGAGUGCCAGGUGCGGCAGCUUCAGCAUUCGGAGCUGGAGACGUCACUGGAGCAGAGGGAGCUGUUGUGCCACCUAGAGGAGCGGAGGCUGCAGAGCGAACGUCAGGAACUCUAUGAGCAGCUGCAGGAGUACCAGCAAAGCCUGGAGAGGCUGCGAGAAGGUCAGAGGAGUGUAGAAAAAGAGAAAGAGAAGCUGGAUGCUCAGCGGAGGCUGCUGGAGAGUUUAAAGCAUGGCUGCCAGCAGAACCUUCCGGCCAUGGUCAUACCACUGGAUGGACAGCAGACACAGGACGCUGGUCACCAUCAGGACGAGCAUGGAUCAAUUUUUGUGAAUGAGGCAGCAUUUAGGUCUCCCUCUCUAAACAACAGGCAAAUCCACCUUCAGCAUCAUCCACACCGUCUUCAUCAGACUGUCCACCUGCACUCAGGAUCUAUAGGAUUCUCAGAUUCUCCCAGUGCUCAGAACAGUCUCAAUUCACUCCUGGCACGAUCCAACCAUAGACAGAGCGCUGCUGGAGGGCCCAAUGCUCCCGCAGGGCAUGAGAGUUGGACUGGAGGAACGAUGUACUCAACCCCUCUGAGAAGUCUAACAGAGAGCUCAAAUAAUGAUGUGGGUCAGCUCAGCCAUGUCCAAGAAUCUUGGUCAGCCGGUGGAACAGGGGUGGGGCUUCAUCAAGCCGACGUCCUGCUUGUCGACCAGCCCUUUGUUACCAUGGAGACAGAGAACAGAGAUACGGAUGGAGAGGAGAACAUUGUGUAUCUCUGAAAUGAACAAACAAGCUUUAGUUGGUUUUGAAACAAAACAUUUGGACUUGGAUUUGCAAUGUGAGAUUUGGACCAGGAUCUGAUCCCACUCUUUAUUUGUGUGUGUUUUUUUUUUUAUUCUUUCUUUAAUCUCAGCGCACUUUUGGCCUUCUGUGACAUUCUCCAGACUUCAUAGGUCUGUGUGUGAGAAGAGGCUUGUCGAGUGGCUGUAUUUUGCUUUAUAGCCUGGAGCCUGCAAUGACAGAAUCAGGUUAGGCAGUUUCAGCAUACGUUUAGUCACACACACACAAAAGUCCCCCACCCACAAUGCUGCACAAUGUAGUUUUCUCCAACUGUCCAUGUCAGUUUACAUCAGGACAUAAAAAUACUGACCCUUUGGUUCAGUAAAUGGACGAUGACUAUAAAAGCAUUCUCUGCCUACUAUAUGAGUCAGGGUUAUGUAUGCAUGUAAAUGUGUGUGUGUGUUAGCGCAAGGAAUCACAUCAUCACCUAUUUCAAAUUCAAUCUCUCACAUUUGGAAACUGGUUUCACAUGUACAUAUGGAGGAGAAUGUGUAAAAUGUGUCCUGCCAUACUCUUUUGAAACCGUUCAGAUUCUUUGGUGAUCAUGAGACAUUGCCUAUAAUGUCACAUAGGCAUUGAACAUCUGAAAAGUCUCAUCAGCAUUCAGAUUACACACUGGCAUUCAUAUUUAUCUCUUGAUACUUUAGGACAGUCUGUUGCCAUAUCAGCCUGAAGGCUUUGUUCAUGCAUUUUGCAUGUUGUCAGUUACAUUAUUCAUUGUUUGUUUUAUGUGGAUCAACAUUGUCAUCACUUUUUGGUCAUACAAAUAGCAUACAUUUUGGCCCGCUGUCAUUUCAGUCACACAAAAAAAAAUCCCUAUCCAAAUUUGAGCACUGGCUGUUAUAAAAAAAGACUACAAACCAGUUCUAGGGGUUAAUAUGUACUUGAGUUAAACUGACAAGAAUUCAGUGUGUAUUUGCUUUUUUUCUUUUUCAAUGACUUGUCACAGAUUGAAAAGCAGAUGUUUUGCUGUGCAUGAGAACACUUGCUAUUCUUUGUGUUUUGUUUCUUCUGAUGCAUAGACCCUAUUUAUUAUUGAUAUUUUUAAGGAAUAAUUUUAUGUACAUAGAGCAUGUUUUGUAUAAUUGUUGUAUGUAGACAGGUGUAUCAGAUCUUAUACAUGGUAAAUGUUCAUACACCAGCUUGUGUUAUUUCUUGUUUUAAAUAAUUUUAAUCCAUUUUAUUAUCAUCAUGAAAUCUAAUAUUUACAGUCAUGCGUUUAUGUUCCUAACUGCUAGACCACAGGUCCAAAUAGAUAUAAUAAAUUCUUUGUCGGUAUGUGUCAUCUAAUGCAUUUUUGAAUGCAGGUCUAAAUACAUCAAUUUUGAUUUCGUCUUGA